AGAUCUCACUGCAAUAGCAACAUCAGAAGCAUCAGCUUGAAAUCAACCAAUCUCACCAUGAACUUCUACAAGAUCUUCGUUUUCGUCGCCCUCAUCCUGGCCAUCAGCAUGGGACAAUCGGAGGCUGGCUGGCUAAAAAAGAUUGGCAAGAAACUCGAACGAGUUGGCCAGCACACCCGAGAUGCCACAAUCCAGGGUCUGGGAAUCGCUCAACAAGCCGCCAAUGUGGCAGCAACAGCCAGAGGAUAAAAUUGGAACCUCUUCACUUUAUUAAACCAAAAACCUAUUUAUGUAUUUAAAUGUAAUUUAUUAGCAUUUAGCAAAUAAAACAUAAUAUUCUUUAGUAAAAA